AUGGCAGAUGCGUCCAAAAUGGACGUUGACAUGUCCGACAAGCCGGCUACACCUACACCUAAAGUACAGCAACCAAUACCGCAAGCACUCCCAAAUCGUGCUGCCCCUUCGGCAAUUCUAGUAUCGUCCCGCCAGAAAGGAAAUCCUAUAUUGAACCAUGUGAAGCUCGUACCGUGGGAAUACGCCGAUAUACCUGCUGACUACGUCCUGGGUGCGACAACCUGUGCUCUAUUCCUCUCCUUAAAGUACCAUCGACUCCACCCCGAAUAUAUCUACUCUCGCAUACGACUCCUCGCCGGCAAAUACAACUUACGAAUCGUACUAGUUAUGGUAGACAUCCCGAAUCACGAAGAGACACUGAAAGAACUGUCCAAAACAUCUAUAGUCAACAAUGUGACCCUCAUACUUUGCUGGUCAGCACCCGAAGCUGCGCAUUACCUUGAACUUUUCAAGUCCUCCGAGAACGCUCAACCGACGGCCAUUCGCUCGCAACAAGCCCAGUCAUACCGAGAAAGCGUUAUUGAAUUUAUAACAGCGCCGCGAAGCGUGAACAAGUCAGAUGCGGCGAGUUUGAUGUCUACGUUUGGCAGUCUGCAGGCAGCUGUCAAUGCGCAACCAGAGCAGAUCAGUGCUGUUCCUGGAUGGGGAGAGAAGAAAGUGCGGCAAUGGUCUAGUGCUGUCAGAGAGGAUUUUAGGGUUGAAUCUACGCGGAGGAAAGUGGCGCCGAUUAGAGAUUUAAGCACCGGUUAUGUUGCGGACCCAAAACCAGUCGUGGAGGAUUCAGAAGACGUUGAUGUUAUAGAAGGUGAUGAGGAUAUAGAAGAGAUGUUAUUUGCUUCGGCUCGUAAGGCCCGCGAAUUCCAGACCGAGCCGCAAGCGUCAAGCGAACCGCCGGCCAAAAAGAAAAGUCAACAAGAAGAAAGCAUGAGUGAAGGGAUCAUGGAUGCUCUGGCCAAAUUACGCAAACAAGAUGGCUGA